GUGAAGGGACCAGCUGUUGGCCUGCUCAGUUACUCCAAAGGAACUAAUCUGUCUCUUGCCAUGGCCACCUUUCUGAAGAACAUCACAGCCAUUGCGUCCCUCAAUGGCCCUGUGGCCAAUACAAUUAUUCCUCUCUGUUACAGGGAUAAAAUCACUCCCUCUUUGCCCAUCCAUGAACAAAAACAGAUCAAGGUCAUCGAUUCCAAUAUUCUUGAUUGUUCUGAAGCCUUUGCUGACUGCUUUCAAGCCCCGGGCAACCAAAGCUGAAUCCCACUAGAGACAGCUGAGGCUCAGUUACUAUUCAUUGUUGGGCAGGAUGAUCACAUUGUUAAAUCUGAGUGUCAUGCUACUGAGCCUGCAGCCCUUUCUCAGGCUCAAGGGAAGGAAAAUUUUCAGAUUCUCUCCUACCCUGGAACAGGGCACUGCACUGACCCUCCCUUUUUCCCUCUGCACCCCAUAGGAAACCACCCCAUUUUUCAUAAGCAGGCAAUUUGGGGUGGGGAUCUCAGGGCUUAUUCUGAAGCUCAGGUUCAUGCUUAGCCACAGAUCCAGGCUUUUUUCAACAAACAUUUAAAUAACAACUAA